AUGCCGUACCAAGAAGCAGCAACAGUUGCACAAAUCUUCGUGGAAGAAUUUGUCUGCAGAUACGGUGUGUCAUUGGAACUUCAUACUGAUCAGGGUCGGAAUUUCGAGGCAGCUCUUUUCCAAAGUGUUUGUGAGAUCUUGGGAUGUUCAAAGACCAGAACUACAGCAUUUCAUCCUCAGAAUAACGGAAUGGUUGAACGUUUCAACCGGACCUUGGAUUUAUUGGCCAAGGCUUUUGCUGAUCAUCAGAAGGACUGGGACGAAUGUUUACCUCUGGUCAUGAUGGCAUACCGCUCGUCUCAACAUAAAGCUACUGGUUACACUCCUAGUGAGCUGAUGAUGGGCAGGGGAAGGUCAUCAACAAGGAGAGCGGUGUGGCUUCACACUAAAAGGCGGAAGAAAGGAAUUUCUCCCAACCUACAGAGGAGUUGGACUGGCCCAUUCUAUGUCAUUGAUGCUCUUAGUGAUGUGACCUAUCGGAUUCAGGAAACGUCUAAAUCACAGCCAAAGGUUGUUCAUUUCAACCGGUUAAAGACGUAUGUUGGAGCCCCCGUGCCGAACUGGGCUUUGAAGAAGAUCAAUGACAAGUCUUCAUCUUCAGCCACAGUCGACGUAUCCCCAGAGGAAAACCUGCAGCCACAGCAGGAUUCUCAAUCACAGGAAGAAAGUUCUGUGGAAACCGGAGCUAGAGUAGACAUUUCUAGCAAAGAACAUGACUGUCCAACAGAUACAGAUCGUACUGCAGAGGCGGGAACAAGAAGGAAGAAGCGACUCUACUCAGAAGUGGCUGCUACAUCCAAUAGCAAAGAAACAUCCACACUUGACCAGGAACCACCUCGUGCGAAGGGGCAGAGAACCAGCAACCAGAUGCUACCACGCCAUAGUAAACGCUUACGAAAGACGCCAUUGCGUUUUUAUUGA